AUGUUGGGAAUCAAGCCGUUCAUUCAGGAGACUGUGCAAGCACUUUCUCCAUCCGAGUUACGUUUAUUGGCCGAAACGCUACGGAUUGACCUUCGAGGAUGUGAAAAUCGCGAAGAUAUCGAGCGAGUGCUUACGAGUCUCGUGUGUCUGGAUCAAGAAACUUCGCUGGGUACUUUUCUCUCAUGGCUUCGAUCUGCUACUUCCCAACAACAGAACAUUAAAAUGAUUCUGAGUAGGAAAUCUCACUUUACCAACACUUUCAUACCAACAACUACAGAGACAAAUAGUCAACAGUCUGAUUCAAACGAACAGGUGGAAGACUUGCACGUGGAUGACGAAAUAAAGCAGCAAUUAAAUGAGCUCGAAGUCAUUGAGGCGUCGUUUAAAAAGACUGAACGACUCGUGCAUACAGGAUCGCCUAGCUUUGAAAAGCUUAAACAAUUUCUAAUGGAGCUCGCAAUGCUUCGAGGAAAAGAACAAUCGAUGAGAGUGUUUCUUAUACGACGAGUGCAUACUUUGCAAAAACAAUAUGAUCAUUUACAAGAUCAAUUGUCGCACUGCCGAGCUCAAUUAGAAUUCUUUGUAGAAGGAUUUACAAACUUGCGAAAGCGACACGAUGCUCUAUUAAACAAUGCGAUUCGAAUGAAAGCGGAGAACGAGACAGCGCAAGAAUUAUUUAUCGGAAUGAGUGGACAUGACUGCUACUUUGAGCUUUUGAUGCAUAAUACACUAACGAACCAAAUGCAAAGAAUUGACAAAAUGAAUCGUAAGAUAACCGAAGCGGAGAAUAGUCUUGAGUCAGCAGCUGAAAGGUGUAAAAAAUUCGAGGCUCAAAUCUCAAAACUCAAACAUGAACGUGGAGACGCACGAAAGAAUGCAAUUUGCCUCAAACGGCAGCUUCGGGUCUGCAAAAUGCAUUUGAGGCGACUUCAAGGAGGGAUAGAUGGAUUAUACUUUCGUGAUCAAGCAGUAAUUCUACGUCAAAGUGUUGCAACUCUCGUUGGACUGUUACGUGAGGCGGUAGAGAAAGAUACAAAGUCGCCGAAGCAGAUACUCAGCAAAGAAGUUUUGAAAGUUCUGUACCAAGUUUUGACACCAACUGAUCAUAAACUUGCGUUUCAGAAUGAGUUGUCGCUUCGAGAUGGAGAAAAUAUAGAUCUCAAACAACCGCGAGUGAUUCAGCGACAAAGGUCCGUCGAUAUUGACGAAGUGAUAAAAGGGGUCUUACUAGUAGAAGUAGGUACGUCAACGUAUGGCGGGGAGUGUGCGAAAAAACUGGGCGAGAAACUAAACUACUUGCCUAUUGACUUGGAAAAAGCGCUUGUUCAAUUUCAGCAGAUUGAGGAAGAAAAAAUUGGAAAGGAACAGGACGUCGAUUUAACGUCCGACAGUUUUCAACUACUUGAAAACGAGAGCUUGCCAAUUACGAUCAGAGCUCCAGCACCGUCUCUUGAGGCUUACAAUGAUACACUCCAAAAGCAUAUUGUAAAUCUUAUGACCACACAAAGCAAACGAGGAUUUGUCCUGUUUAAUUGGCCUUUCUCCACGCGUGAUGUGAACUUACUUAUUGCGACUGGUUUGUCGGUUGACUGCGUUAUUAUUCUUGAAUCGUUGUCAGCAGAUACUCUCAAUCUUCAAGGCUUGGGGUGCAUCAUGCACUCAAUUAAACCCACAACAUUUACAGCUGAUCGAAUGAACGCUGUGCUAGAGAUUCUAGAGCAGCAGAAACGCCACAAAGUUGCUCCUGUUGUGCAUUGGGACGAACUUACUUGUUGUAACAACGAAAGGCUUGCUUUGUGGACUGAGGAAAUUCAUAUGCUUUGCCAUCUGGAGCAAGAAAAGCGUAAACAGAAGAGUUUACUUGAACCAGCUGUCGGCUUCAAACUUAACACGACUACUUCAAAAAAAUCAACGAUCAAAUCCAAGAAUCCAACGCGCAGUUUGUCCAAAGCAAAAGAAACUGUGAUUACUAAAGGUCGACUAGCAAAAAAAUGA